AUGUCAGCAAUGGAGGCUGCCAUGAUGGAGUCCACCUCAUCCAGCUCCGAAAACAAAGGACCUGCCUCUGCAAGAUCGAGCGAAAUUCGCAAGUCAAUUGUCCACGAAUUGGAGGUCUAUCUCCAACAACCAGUUUUAAAACUUCAGGGCAACGUGAUAGAAUACUGGAGCCGCCGAGAGACCCGAGGGCAAGCCGUCGGGGUUCAUCUUAAGUAUGUCUCCAUGCUCACGGAUGACGGCUGGGAUAAGUUGAAGUGUCUCUUUGCAUGUCCCAGGGUUACUGCGGUUAGUGAGCAAGGCAUAGAUUACUUUUGUGUCCCCCAGGCCGAGUGGCCCAGGCAGUGGGAUUUUGUAAGAAGGGUUCUGGGUUUAGGUUGCCGCAAUAUGGUACUGGUUCUACACCUACGACCGGCCCAGGGCGAUCCGUGUGGCCAUCACCUGCACGGAGAGUUCAGGGACCUUCUGAGGCAGUUUUGUGGGCAUCAAGAGCACAUCCACAUCCACAAUUUCACUGGUGAUGCCCAAGAACUGGAUGCAUGGAUGGUUGCCUUCCAGAAUGUGUACGACGGAGUGUCGGGCCUAGCCCUUUCAUUUAAUCCGGCCCAAGUGGACAUGGUCCGAAGUAUUCCCUCCCCCUGGCUCCUCUUGGAGACUGAUUCCCCGUACUUGCCCAUGUUCCCGGGUGCGUCGGUCAACACCCCCUACUUGUUAGAGGAUGUUGGCCGACUGGUAUCCCAAAUUUGGGGGCAGCAUUUCAGGGCGGUGAUGAAGGUCUCCACAGAGAAUGCCCAGAGACUAUACUCUGGGUUUGCGUGCCUAGUUAUGCCUUGA